UGGACACAGUUUUCUGUUUAAUUUCUUUUUGUAAAAAUGUCAGCUGCAUUACGAAUUUGACCACUCCGAACACUCGUUUAACGGGACACGUUGUCGACAAAAUAUCGCCAAUCGGAUUGCAGAUGUGUUUGAAAGAGUGCUUGGCUAGAUCUGUUUGUGCAUCCUUGAAUUUCUACCGAAAACAAUUAGAAUGUGAACUUUCCUCAUCAACUGGCGAUUUACAUCCUACAGAUAUAGUCCAGGACCCGGAAUAUGUGUAUGUUGAGAUGACCAAAGCAUCAAAGAGAUAUGUUGAGGAAUGCAGUGAACCGUGUUCUUCCGAGAGUAAAUGCGUGAUAACAGCUUCGGGUCCAGCCUGCGUCAAGUCAGAUUGUCCUUGCCUUCACCCAGAUAGGGGUAAUACUUCUGUAGUUGUGACCUCCACCGCUGUAGGGACGGUUCUGAAUUAUCACUGCACGACACCCACAAACGUAAACGUGUCCCUGACUUCUACUUGUCUCCCCAACGGAACAUGGACAUCCCAACAAGAACUCUGCUCAAUGGCUAAAGUCAUUGAAAUCCAUGUAGUUCUUUAA